AUGAGCACACCAUACAAUUACGGAAACGUAAACGUAAACGUCAAGUGCCAGGUAUCCAUAAAACACAAAAAGUUCAUGAGCACGCAAAAUGCAGAGGGGAAUAACAUGUACAAUGAGCACAACGUGAACAAUAAUUACCAACAUAGCGGCAAUAAAAACGUGCAAAUGUAUAGUAACAUCAGUACUAUGUUACGCGGCGGCAGUGUACGAAACGGACCAAACGGGUCAAAUGCUGCUAACUGGUUUCAGUGCCCCAGUGCGAACCACAUGGACGACACACCUCGGGAGAUUUAUCACAACCAGGUGCACAACAAAGUAGAGGCAAACCAAAACAAACGUCCAUAUAUGCAUUCUCAAAAUAGGAUGAUCUAUGGGAUCAGUGAAGUGAACGAAUCUGAGAAGGGUGCUGAUUUUGCAAAGUACGGCACGUAUAAAGAUAUAUACAAGAACCAAGUGGAACACUUUACACAUUGUAGGAAAAAAAACAACGUAAACCUGGUGAAUGCCGCAACGGAUAAUAGCCACAAAAAUUUUACUAUCCAUGGAGCUAGCAGUUGCGACAUGCCCACUUUUAUGAAUAAUGCAAGAGGUGAAAAUGAUACAGGUGGAUUUACACAGGAUAAUGGACACUACCACAUUAAUGAAAAUGAUGGGAGGAGCCACCUGAUCUUCCAUGACGUCAAAGGAUAUGGCAAUAAAGAGAUUCAUAAUAAUACCUUUCCCCAAAAUUGUCUACUUAGCACAUUUCAAAGCGCUCCGAACUACCCCUUUACUGUGCCCUCAAAUGAGAGAAAUACAACAGAAAAUGGAAUGUACGAAACGGGACAAAUGUACUUUAAGGAAGAGAAGGACAACUCGGAUGAAUUUAGUUCUGUCUGCUUUGGAGGUAACAAAUCGUGUAGUGAGAUCAGUUAUGGAAGGAAUAGCACAAAACAAAGCAAUAAUUGCGAUGAUGGCACGACCACAAAUAAUUCUUACUUGGCAGACAAUACUGAUUAUGAUGCACACCAUAACAGCAUACAAAAUGUGGAUUUAAUUUCUUGUAACAGUUUUUCCAGUGUGGAGAAUGAUCUAUGUUCUGAAUUAAAUCUCCUAAACGAGUCAAGUAAUUCUUCUUCCACAAAGUAUGGCUGCAACGAAAUGAAAGAUUUACUAAAAAGAAAUAUAAUGUACAAUAAUAUAAUGAAUAAUAAUAUAAUGAACAAUAAUAUAAUUAACAACAACAUAAUCAACAACAAUAUAAUUAACAACAUAAUUAGCAAUAAUAUAAUUAGUAACAAUAUUAUUAGCAAUAAUUUCAUGGAGAAUGUGAGUAUAAUAAAUCAGUGUGUGUCGAAUGAGAGCAAAGGUAUGUUGUGCGGACGGGAGGAAAAGAAGAUGGAGCCAAUCGGCAUAGCCAAUAAUCUCGGGGAUCAUCAUAUGAAUGCUAAUUUUCAAAAUAUAAAUCCAACCAGGCUUAGUGACAAGGGGGCAGGGGAGUUUCACGCGCGUAGCAUCUAUGGAAUGGCAAAUGAGAAAAAAGAUUUUGCCCAGAUGAACUCGCCCCCCGAUAGCAGUAAAACGUGGCAACCGUCUGAGAGGUAUGAACUUUUUCAUAGCUAUAAAGUCAACCCCUCGAAGGUUAUGCCUCUUUCAGACAUGAACAAGUACUGCAGCGGUAGAGGCAAUGGCAGCGGUGGCCUCCCUGCAGCGCAAGCCAGUCCUGUUAACAACAACUCGAUUAAGUCCCCCUGCUGCUUCAUCCAAUUUGAUAACAACUACCUAGAUCCGAAUGGCCAAUAUGAACAUAGAAAUACAAAAAGUGAGGCCAAAACGAAGGUCGACCCAUUUCUGAUGACAUAUUCUAAGGUGCCUACCUCAGGGAAAGCGGCGCUGUUGGACCAAAUGGAAUUUGAACAGGCAAAUGGAAAUGACAACAUUAGAAGGGAUAUUCACCCCCAUGUACAAGAGCGUCCAUAUGUGGGCACUCACAACAAUGUCAUUAAACUUGAGCAUGAGCAUGUGGACAGAACGCAGGGUAAAAGUUAUAAUCAGAACAUUAGUUUAAAGCAACCCAUUUGCAACCGGGACAACAGUCAUAGUAACAUUUCUCUACCGCUAGCCAACACAUAUCGUCUCAGCCAAGACUGCCAAAGGAAGCAAAUUCCGAUUCCAAAUAUGUACGAUAAACAGGACAGUGAUAUAUUAUGUAGCUUCAUAGAACACAUUCCCCUUAACCAUGUUGAGAAGAAUGGAAACGAAAAUAAAUCAUGUCAUUUGGGUAUCAAUAGUAAUAGCAGCAUAGGGAUCGAUCAGGUGAGGGGCGAUUUACCCAGUCAGGCAAAUAACAUUCAUAUGGUUGGUGCAUGUGAUGUUAAUAAACGAAUGAAUUUGAAUUUUAAUUUAGACGGUACUUUCGGUGAAGUGCACAUGAACCAUGGCAGUGUUAGUGGUGAGGAGGCCAGCCGCGGCAACAGGCAGUGCGGGACAGCAACCCGCAUUCCCCAGCCGAGUUGUGAGAGUAGCCAAGUUAGCGGAGGACACGUCAAUACCAACCAGUGGAACGAACUGCUCAAGAUGAGCACUAAUUAUAAAAUGAGAGGUGCAUGUAAAAAUAGCCUACCAAGGCGCGUCCAAGGGGGAGGUCAGGAAAAAAAGUGUGCAAUAGGGGAGGCCAAUUCGAUCAAACAGAGACAGGCGUUCAAGAUGACAGCUAAUCCAAAUUACUCCAGUAUGGGUAAUUUUGAUGGGCAUCCCCCGAAGGAAGAACUGGGAACAACCAACAAUCAUACAGAAAUGUGUGAACAAAAUGGUAAGGGACAAGGUGUAACGAGUCAUAACGAGAACGUAGCGGUGGAUGCACUCUAUCCUAAUGCACAGAUGCACGGUAGUGAGCGCGACACUAGGGUAAUAAAGAGUCAUCCGGAAAUGCGCAAUGUUGAAUUGGCUAGUGCGAAUGAGAUAUCAAUGGGGAGGAGUGGUGAUGACGUCCCGGGUGAUACAUGCGUUCGUAUCAAUUGUAAAAAAAGUAAAACGCACGAAAUGUGUUGCUCGCUUCAUGAGGCGCACGGGUCGCAUGAAAUGAAAAACAUGUGCGCUUCGCUCACGUCGCGCGGAUCCUAUUUCCCCCAACAGUUGCACCAGGCACAGUUAGCCACCGAAUUGGAAAAAAAACAAAAAAAAAUAUUAGAUAUUUUAUUUUCUUCCAAGGGUGUGCCACAUUUCGUGAGUAACAAAACAAGUGGCACUGGCAGGAACGUUAUGAAAAACGAGCUAACACAACUUAGUGCAGUAAGCCAAAUGAAAGAGAUAAAAAAAAAAAAAAAAAAUUGCACCUAUCCGUUGGGCAGUAUUGUAUUACACGAGGGGCACGAUAGUAAUAAAAAAAAGAGCGGCCAGAAAAUUACGAUUGACAAUUAUAGUAGUGGGUGUGAGCAAAAACAUCACGAAAAUUUUACUCUUGAGUGCGAAGAUUUAGAGGAGAAAAAAAAAUUUGAGAAUUGCUUCCUCUAUGUGAGUAGAGCAGAUGGGGAAAAAGUGAGUCAUGGGAAGCGCAAAGUCAUCAGCAGUAGCAGCAAUAGUAGUUCUCACCCACAGGAGGCGCAGCACCAGCAGCUGCACCCUAGGCAUCUACAUGAAGGAGGACCGAACGGCGUAUCAGACGAAUGUGCUUACAUGAAUGGUACUUCCAGCCAAGUGAGUGCGUUCUCUACGAUAGGUACCUCGGAAGAAUUGCCAAACGAUUAUGGUACCGUAAAUGGAGAUUCAAACCCACCUACGAUGCACGUUACAUUACAAGGUUGGUGUGAUAAUAAAAGGAAUGUAAUCAAAGAUUAUCAAGGCUACAUAAAUUGCGUUGCUACUGAGUUGCUCACCUCUGGGGGAGGACCCUCAGAUUCAGGAGAUAUAUUGCCUUAUGGUAACAGUAAUAGUAUUAGUAAUUGUAGUGGCUGUGUUAUGAACAGUAGCAAUACGAAGGAAGAAAAAGAAAUGCGAACACAAAACGACGUUAGGGCGCAGUGUAAUCUUAGGUGUGGCUGCACUGAGAACGGAAGAAACGUAAGUAAUAUUAGUACAUACACCAACAAUGGGGUUUUUAAUGUGGGCUCCCUUACACACUGUGAGAGUUUAAUCAACAGCAGAGAUGGCAACACUGCUAGCGAAGUCAGUAUGCUCAAUGCCCCCAAUGUUCCACACGAAUGUAGCAAUUACAUGAUUACUAACAAUUGUUCCGUAAGUACCGCUGACGGUACAAAUGUGGUUGGGUGCCCAUCUAACGCAUCAAGCAUACAGGGAACGUCGAACGGAAGCAAUACAGUAGGCGAUGCUAUGUGCAACACUGUGUGUGGAGGAGGUGUAAGGGACAAUGGGCCCAACAGCGAUAAUCAUAAUGCUGUGCUUCAUACAAACGAGGGGAACCUUUCUGCUAAGUUGUCUUCUUUCCUAGGUGGUUACGGUUCGAGUACACCAAAUUGUGCAACCUCGGACAGGUGUGCAAGUAACACGGAAGAUAACUCCAAAGGAUACACUGUGAAUGGCGUUAACGGUUCUGGCUGCGUGACCACAGUGAGGAGUGCUCGGAACGUGGGUAAUAUGAGUGGCGUAAGCAACAUGAACAGAGUUAACGGUGCUGGCAAUACUAACAGCAUCAAUAGCAUUAACAGCACUAACGACUUCAGCCACGUUAACAUGGUGAACACCCCCUGCUACACCAAAAGGGAUCCCCACAAAGACAACAUCCAGGGGUGUGAAACUCAGAUUAAAGAUUUUAUCCCAAACAGCAUGCCGAAGAACACAACAGAUGGAGAACGCAUGAGGAGUAUGAACCAAAGCGAAAGUGCUAUCUUGAUUAACAAAGAAAUGGGUGGAACUGCUACACCUUUUGUGUGCCCAGAGAAUACACAACGAGUGACCACCUUUAAGAUGUCCAAUGCUAAUAUCCAUUCGGAAGGUGCCAAAUGCACGAACGGGACCGUCAUGAGUGACUUCCAAGACAGUGAUAUAAAAUUCAAGAACGAUAAUCCCGUAAAUGACAAUGCUGUAAAAUUAUUUAACGGUCAAGGGAAAACCAACUGUAAGGUAAAUAAUGCGGACAUGAAUAGACUAGCAAGUUCCUUCAUAAAUGCAAAUGUAACAAGCAACAAUGUGAACCCAUUUUACGGCGAGAAUAAAUCUACGUGUGAGAUGGGGAAGGGACAAAUGCAGUACGUAGCUGCCAACAAUUUCAGCCAUGCAGUUAAUACUUGCGCUACAAAUGAUGGGAAGACAGCAGGUACCGGGGGGUCUUCAAAGGGGAAUAGUACAAAUAGAAGGACGCACAGGGAAAGGAGGAGAGCUGGUAAUAGGAGGACUACUUCCAGGGCUGCGACGAAUAACGCUGCAAGUAGUACCACUGCUAUUAGCGCCUCGAAUGUUACUUCGAACACCAUCACCCCUUCCAAUAACUCCAAUGGCGUGCAGAAAAAGGGUAAAGCAGAACAGCACGAACGGGAGGACGAGGACGAACUGCACGAGAAGCUGAAGCAUCUGCCCAGAAUCACAGGUGUGAGUUAUGACAAAAAACAAAAACUGUGGGUGUCCCACUGGAGGUCAAAUUGUAAAACGAUACACAAAUAUUUUUCUGUUAAAAGGUAUGGCUUUCAUAAUGCCAGGUUGCUAGCCAUUAAAUGUCGAAAGCAAAACACCAAAUAUAUUUGUACGGAUCAGGUGUUUGGUUACAAGGCUGGUAGCCAGUCAGGGGCUCAGCCUGAGAUCCAAUCUAAAGGGAGGCAAAGUUAUGGCGGCGAGAAUCAUUCUUCUGGCCAAGUUGUACAGCUUACCGGAAUACUUGGUGAUAAGAAACCCAGUGGGAAAAGCCAUUCGAUCAGAAAGAAACCCAAGGGGAGAGGAAAGCAUUGUGAAGAGGUGGAUUUCCCUCGGGAGCUCCCCCAAAAUGAGAGCGCAAAAUUAGACAGCCGCUUAGUUGGUGCCCAGAAAGGAGAUCCAGGGCAUGGCUCGCUAGGUAGGGCUAAUCCGAUUAAGGUUUCCCAAAAUGUCGGUCAUCAAAGUAGUCCUCCCCUGAGUGGUGGCCAGACUCAACACUUGCACAGCGUGGAACCGCUGAACCGAGAUUACUCCCCCCCAGAGCAGAGCGAUCGUGGUGUAAUUUAUCCGCAGAGAGUGGAGGAGGGCUCAAAGGAUCAGCAAAAAAUACUGAGGGCAAACGAAUUUUCCGCCAAAUGCACGCUUAAGGGUAAAGCAAACGAUGCACAUAUGAAUAGUGGUAAAACGACCCAGCAAAGCAAAAACAAUGUGAUGCACACAGAACAAGGGAAGAACGAAAAAGUGGAGGAAUCAAGUGGGAAGAGAGACUACCUAAUAAAUACACAGCUUUAUAACAAACUCAUGAACAACCAAUUAUAUAAUAAGCUCAUCAACAAUCAACUGAGCAACGAUCGAGUAAAGAACAACAACUUUUACUGUAACCUAAUUAAUAGCAAUUUUUACAUACAAGUGAUUAACAAGAAUUUGCAUGCACGGCUAGAGAGGAACCAACGAGAAGUCACCAAAGAAGAUUCAAAUCAGUUCUAUUAUGGACAAUUUAAGAAUGGUGCCUCUGCGGGAACAAACUCAUUUUCAAACAGUGAACAUUUGGCCGGCCCGGAACCUGCGCAAGAUCAGAACGCCUAUAAUUUGUUGCUACGCAGCACAAGUGGUGAUGCUGCUACUAGUGGGGGUACACAUAAGACGAGUCCUCCUUUUACCAAAGCGAGGACUACAUACAGAGGGAAUAUAAUAACCCCCGUUGAAUAUGCUAAUAAUGGUACUAUCCCCUACUCGAAAAAUGAAGAACCCCCAAUUGAUGCCAAGCUUAAUGGUUUUCCCAGUGGGUCCCCUCGAUUGGCUGCGACAACUCCCAUGGUGCACAACUACGCAAACGCGAAAGACGGUAAUAAUUUACUGACUUAUGAGGGGUUGCAAAAUGGUAAUGGGUCAAGCAACACCAAUUGCGAUAAGAGUUGUGCUGGUGGGCAAGUGAAGAAGGACGCAUCCUAUUUUAAGAGGAGCGCCCAGAUGACCGAACAUAAUUGCAGUCGCGAGAGGGCAUCAACAUUCUUGAGCGAUAAGAAAUUUCUAAGCGGUGGGACUACCCAGUUGCGCACCAUCAUUAGUAACAAUCAAGGAGGCCCAGUGGACGCCAGCAGUAUCGUGCCUAAUAAUCACCAACUGAAUGAUGCUAUGAACGCAUAUAUAAACAGGGAAGGGCCCAUGGAUGGUGGUGGGAAUAACAGUAGGGGCGGCGUAGAUGACGGUGGCGUCCUAGUGAACCGCAUGGCCACACAGGGCAGGCACUUCAUCCCAGCGAACAGUGGCGGUAGCAGUAGCAGCAGUAGUAACAAUGGGAGUAACCACAGCGCCGACCAGAUAAAUCGCUUCCGCAAUGACGGCAGAGACACGUUACAGGAACAAUGCAGUUCCAUCAGCAACGAUCCCAUGAAGGAAACUAGCCAAUAUGGAUGCAGUGACAAUUUCGGAGCUAACAAUCAGUACGCAACCCAGUUGUAUGUGGACGGUAAAUACCAUCAUAGAAACGGCGUAGAUAUGAAAAGGGCAAUUAUGCAAGAAGGUUAUAUGUUAAGUGAUCAAGUGGGCCAUGAAAUCAUGAGUGAGGGCCAGUCCAGGGUGGGUGAAAUGGACGCAAGGCUGUUGUCCCAUGGGGGAAAUACCCUGCGAGACCCAAACGCAAGCUACCCUGUAAACCAAAUGGACGAAGAAAAAAAUAAACUGAUGAUUUCGAAAAUCACAACAAAAUAUAUACUCACAGAUAUCAAAAAUAAAUGCCUAAGAAACUGCUCUAGCAAUUUUUUAAAACAUUUUCCCGACAUCAAAAAUGUCAUUAACAAGCACAUCAAUAAAAUUUCAGAGGCAAAUUCUAUACACACAAUAAGGCCGUAUAUUCAGCUGUUUAGUAAACUGCUGGAGAAGAGAAAGCUGCUACACAUGCUCGCUCCGAAUGCACAGGAGUUGUAUAUUUACAGCUUGCAGAAAUUGCCCCUGUGA